AUGGAAGACUCACUUCCCAACCGCUCAGGAAGAUCCAGCACCCCUCCACCUGACAUGAAACCCAAAACGCCAAUACGAACCGUGCGGGUACCUCAACUUCAGGCCUUACCGCAGGGUGUACCCCCUCCCCUGACAGCGCUCGAGACAGAAGACUACUACGGUCUCUGGCACAACACACCCCGACUCAUCGCGCGAUCAAACUACCCCGAUGACCAAUGGCCGGGCUUAUGCAACAACUGGUCGCAAGUCGAAGAUUAUCAUCCAUUGAAAGUUCUCUGGUCAGAUCCUGAGGGAAUUCUCCAAAAGGAGCUAACCGGUGCGCUGGAGUAUACACAGUGGAACUGCUUUGAGACCUAUCGCAUCGGAAGUGCACUGCAAGAAAAACAAGUGAAGCUCCUGAUUAUAGUCGAGGCUGGAUCUACGAGUUGGUAUCAUACCUGGAUUGUCACAAGGAGCUACUUCAUCGGCGAAUUUGGGGAGCCAUCCUCUUCGGUAUCAUGGAUUGGCUCAAUGCAAAUAUUUCUAUACUUCUUUAUCGGGGCCUUCUCAGGCCGUCUUACAGACGCUGGAUAUUUCCGCGUUACCUUCUUCACAGGUUCUCUUGUCAAUGUUGUUGGCAUCCUUGCAGCCUCAUUUGGCUCUGAGCUUUGGAUCAUGUUUGUUACUCUCGGCCUUGGUGUCGGCUUGGGUAAUGGACUUAUGUCUUGUCCCAUGCUCGCUGUUCUGUCGCAAUAUUUCACCAAGCGCCGAGGAAUGGCGGUAGGGAUCACAAUGUGUGGAUCGUGUACCGGUGGGUUAAUUUACUCGAGCAUCUUGCGCCAGCUUAUUUCCAGCUUGGGGUUUCCUUGGACGAUGCGUGUCAUCGCUUUGAUACAGUUCGUCACAUUGGCCUUCGCGAACAUCUGCUUGAGACCCAGGACUGGCGCAAAAAGUAUAUCCGGCUGGGUAGAUUGGACUGCGUUUCACGAUGUUCGAUUCAAUCACUAUGCAAUUGCAACAUUCAUGUCACUACUAGGUCUAUACAUCUCAAUCUUCUUCAUUGUCGACUUCUCUCGAACGUCAAUUUCACCACCACUUUCUUAUCGCAACGGUCUAAGCCUUCUGAUGGUCUUCAACGGUGUCAACGCCAUAGGUCGCUUUGGAUCCGGUCUUGCUGCUGACAAGUUUGGUGUAUUGGGUGUCUUUGUCCCCGUCUCGGUUGCGACAUCCCUCACCCUCUUCACUUGGAUUUCAGUCAGGACGGUUCCGAGCAUGUAUGUCUGGACGGUAUUCUGCGGGAUAUUCUGUGGUGGCAUCCAGAGUUUGUUUCCAGCAGGGCUUGGAUACCUUACUGCUGGGACAGAACAGCCUGGGACGAGAAUGGGCAUGGUCUUUGGACUCGGCAGUAUUGCUGGCUUGAUUGGGUCGCCAAUUAGAGGAGCUUUGGUUGGAGCGAAGGACGGUAAUUAUUUGGGUGCACAAGUAUUUGGAGGUGCGACGAUGGCUUUAUCUGCGCUGUUUUUGGAAGCUACUCGAAGGGCGGACAAGAGGAUGAGAAAUAUUACUUUGAAUGGGCUUAACGUUGACGCAGUGAAGCUUAUUGUGUCAUCUUCUGCGCUAUUGGUUGAAAAAGAGACCAGCACCAAUGAUAGUACUACUGUAUUCCCGAGCGAAUUCCCUGACUUUAGGGACCUGCUAGACCAGCCCGGCUUUUCUGACCCUGGCUUCUCCUCCUUUCAGAGCCCGUUCAGUGAUGAAAUCAAUCCUCAAUUAUUACACCCUGUCUCGGGCAUAGGAGAUAGCCUGGGGCCUGGAGACAGCCCAGAAGUCAACUCAAUUCCUCCAUUUGGGCCCACCGAAACUAUAGCUCCCAUCGCAUCAAACGUACGGGCUGAAGCCAGCACUAUCUCAAACCCAUCGCCCAAGACUGGAAAGCGACUCUCUCUCAACUCAGUCCGCAUUCUCAACAAAUGGCUCUCGAAUCAUACACAUCACCCGUAUCCCAGCGUCCGAGAUGUCGAAGCGAUAGAGAGGCAGACAGGAUUGACUCGACAGCAAAUCCUGAACUGGUUCGCCAAUGCUCGUCGUAGGAAGAAGUUCAAUCCACCAGAAACAACGGAUCCAAGUUCGGCAGAGGCUAGCCCCCGGGACAUAGCCCUGCGUCGACCACCUACGCCAACCGUCCAACAAAGUCCACUCGAGCGAUGGGAGAACUCACCGCCUGAAGACGAGCCAUCCACCAUGGCUGCUAUUGCAAGGGCAGUAUCCGGCGCAAGUGGUUCCAUCGACCAACCCCACGGUACGCGAACGAGACGCGGCAGGGCAUCAUCGUCGACUGGUACCUGGGCGACAACCGACACCUCUGAUUCAAGUCGAAGCUCGCAAGCCUCGGGCUACUCACAUACAUCCAAUCGGUCACUCAAUAGAGUCAUCAAAAAGCGUCGGCGAGGAGGUCUACGGACCAGAAAUGAUGAAAAGAGAGGUCUCUCUGUUGCUUGUCAUCGCUUUCAGUGUACAUUUUGCACUGAGACGUUCAAGUUGAAACAUACAUGGUCCAGACAUGAGAAGACACAGCAUCUCUCUCUUGAGCAAUGGGAGUGUUCCCCUCUUGGCCCAACGGCUCUCAACGAGGGAUCAGAAACUGUUUGUGUUUAUUGCGGUUUUGUAGAUCCGGAUAAUAGGCACUUCGAGGAACAUAACCAUGACUUAUGCCAUAAACGCGAAAGGGGAGAGCGGGUAUUCUACAGAAAGGACCAUCUACGACAACACCUUCGUCUCGUCCACGGAUCAGAGUUUAUGAAGUGGCCAAUGGAGGAAUGGAAGUCUAAGCAUGAGGAUGUCAUAUCACGUUGCGGUUUCUGUGAUAUUGCUAUGACGACAUGGUCGGAGCGGGUGAACCAUCUUGCAGAGCACUUUAAGGAGGGCAGGACCAUGGCAGAUUGGAAAGGGAACUGGGGAUUUGAUGCUGCAACGCUCGAUAUGGUGGAGAACCAUAUGCCUCCCUAUUUGAUAGAUUACGAGCGUAAUUCACCCCUCCCGUUCUCUACGCAGCAGGGUGCGCCAUACAGUUCAACAAGCGCCUUUGAACUACUGCAGCUGGAGCUAGACUAUUACUACGCCAACUACACCGAUAUCAACCACAGCAUCCCCUCCGAUGAGACUCUUCAUUUCGAAGCCUGCUGCAUCAUCUUCGGAGCGGAAAUGAACUAUCAACACCCCUCAACAGCAACAUCCUGGCUUCGCGAUCUCAUAAUGGGCACACAAGAUAUCGUCAACAAAGCACGAAUGACGCCUAUGAAGAGUGCAGCAAGGUCUCGAUUCUCAGAGUUGAAGAUUCAUAGCAAGAAAGAUAUCUUUGAGGACUGUAAGCUUGAGACGUCGCUAAGGCAGUAUGUUGACAUGCUGCAGUUGUUGGACCUGGAGAUUGGAGAUGUCGAAUUGCAGAAGGAGGCUUGUUCGAUCAUCAACCAUAUGCCUGAUGCUUCGCCCAUGUUUAGCCAGUUGUUGAUUGGUUUGGUCUAUGGGUCAACAAGCUGGUUGGCUUCGUUUCGAGAGAGGGUAGGACUACCGCCGUUUGAAGUUGUUUCAUCAAACACGCAAGAAGGCCUCGUCCCUCCUCUACUUUCCUCUGGCGGUCUCCCUGCCAUAUCCAAUAAUGAUCAUGAGCAUUGGAGACCACCAAGCCGUUCCAACUCGCCACCUAUAUCUCUGGGACAGAAGAUAGUUUCGCUGAACGAUGGCAACAUGUACAGAGGUCUGACCAGAGACUUGACCCGCUACGUCGCGAGAACCAUUUCACCUCUGAAUCCAACAAGCCACAUCCCAACUGACGAAGAACUCCAAUAUCAAGCACGAUGGAUCAUGUACGACAGCCACGACAUAUGGAAUCAGACUCCAGCCGAUAAUCUAGAUUGGCUCACCGAGUUCAAGAGGGACUCUGGCUUCUUCUAGUUCUCGCUAAGAUCGAUAGUCUCAUCUUAAAUAAGAACCAUUGUGGACAUGAGGGCUGAUGCU